AUGUAUCGAAUUCCUCGAGUUGUUCCUUGGACCUCAAUAGACGAAUAUGAACAAGUGUAUCAAUGGCUUUAUGCAGAAGCAGCGGAAUUGCAUGAGUUGGGCGUAAAAAGGGUCAAAGCGUGGUCCAGUCGUGGUCAAGUACCACACGCAAUAAUAAGUACCGCGUCAUUUGUAGAAGUAUCAAUGCGUGACAAUUAUUAUAAUAAUAAACAACAUUCCAUGAAUCGAAUAUCUGAGCAUGAACUUCGGCUGUUAUAUUCUAUGGUCUUUAUCAGAUUUGUCAAUGGAAUGGUGGAUCCAGCACAACAAGGAGUCUAUGCAAUAUCAAUUGCCACAUUGGCGACAAAACUCAAUUUGCCAUUAUGGUUUGUCGAGUUAAGGCAUGCUGGUACACAUGAACUUUUACCGAGUUUGUCGAUUUUGCGAAAUGGGGUUCGGCAGGCUUUAAAUUGGCUCAAAGAGAAUUAUUGGACUUCACAAAACCCAUU